UCCACAAACUUAUUUAAACUGAUGCUAUAUGUAGAAUGUAGAUGCAUUAAUACAUCUCACAAGUCGAAGCGAUCUCUUAAAAUAGGCGUCUCGAUCGUUUACGAUCACAGUUCGCGCAGGAUUUCCAGUCGGACAAGAUGUUAGCUGGGGAUAAUGUGCUGUUGUUUACUCUACUUUUCAGUGCCGUUGUCGUGAGAGCGGUAGAUAAUGGUCAGUCGCGCCGAUUGGUGUGCCACUACACGACCUGGUCGCAGGGUCGAUCCGGUGGAGCGUCCUAUCGUGUGGAGAAUAUACCGGGAAAUCUGUGCACACACGUAGUGUACAACUUCAUCGGCAUUGAUGAAGACACAUACAAACUGGUGCCCCUGGAGCGAGAAAUCGAUAUCGUUCAGAAUGGGUUUGGGCGGUUCACCGAUCUGAAGAAAACACAUCCUGAACUGAAAACAACGAUCGCUGUUGGUGGUUGGAAACAUGGUGGAGCCAAGUUCAGUAAGAUGGCUGCUUCCAGGGAACGAAGGAAAAUCUUUGUGCAAAGUGUGGUUAAUUUCCUGGAGGAGUACGGCUUCGAUGGACUCGAAAUAGCGUGGUUAUACCCAGGGAAUCCUGAACGAGGUGGGAACAGUAACGACAAGGACAACAUUAUCUAUUUGGCGGAGGAACUGAAACGAGCUUUUCAAUCCAGAGGAAGAGGUUGGGAAGUAACAGUACAGGUGCCGCUAGACAAAACUAGACUAAACGUUGGAUACGAUAUAGAAGAUUUGUGCGAAGCUGUCCACUUUGUUCAUCUUAUUGGGUACGAUCUACGAGGUUGGUGGAACAAUUUCGCCGACGUUCACAGUCCUAUGGGAGACCGAUCGCACGAUAUAGGAAACUUUCGUGGCAUCAAUGUUCGAGACGGUGUCCAGCAUAUGCUUGCGCAUCGAUGUCAACCGGGUAAAAUGAUUCUAGGCGUUCCACUGUUCGGUAGAACAUACAAUUUGGCCAAUCCGCAACAAAAUAGCAUUGGAUCGAAAACAACCGGCUCUGGACCGAAAGGCAUUUACACUCAAGAUGAUGGAUACCUCGGAUAUUGUGAAAUAUGUGUCAAGUUCCGUCCACGUUCAUCAGGUGCGCCAUCGUUAUGGCCGAAACUUUGGGAUGACAUAGGUCAGUGUCCAUAUACCUACCGUGGGCGCGAGUGGAUAGGCUAUGAGGAUGAACGUUCUCUACAAGUGAAAAUCGAUUUUGUCAAAGAAAAGCAGCUGGCUGGAAUUUAUGCGUUUUCACUGGAUCUGGACGACUAUCUGGGCGACUGCGCUAGUGAACCCUACCCGUUGACCAGAAAAUUGUACGAAUAUAUCAAAGAGACGAAAGAAUGUGGGAAUAUUGAUGGAUUUUUCCACAGAGAUGAAUGCUAAAUAUAAAAAAUGACUACAAUAAUAGACUGUUAGCAAAAAAAAUUUAUUAGAAACAAA